AUUAAAAAGAAAAGAAUCUGGAACCGCGAAACCAUGGCCACCGUCUCCUCCCCUCCUUUUCAGUUUCCGGUCCCCAAACUCCACCCCGAACCCGACGACUCCGACCCGACCCGACUCCCCACCAUCUUCAACCUCUCCUUCAACCAGGACCACGCCUGCUUCGCCGUCGGCACCGACUUCGGCUUCCGCGUCUACAAGUGCGACCCCUUCGCCAUCACCAUCCGCCGCGACUUCUUCACAGGCGGCGGCUUCGGAUUGGUCCGGAUACUCAACACCUCCCAAAUCUUCGCCAUAGUCGGAGGCGGACCCGACCCGGUCUCCCCGGCCAACAGGGUCAUGAUCUGGGACGACCUCAAGUCCCUCGCCAUCCACGACAUGUCGUUUCGCUCUGAGGUCAGGGGGCUCAAGCUCCGGAGCGAUCGACUCGUCGUCGUUUUGAACCAGAAGAUCGUCGUCCACAGCUUCCCUAAUUCGAAGCCUCUGCACGAGAUACUGACCACGGAGAACCCUAAGGGGCUGUGCGAGGUGUCGCAGAGUCCGGGUCCGAUGGUGCUGGCGUGUCCGGGGCUCCAUAAGGGUCAAAUUCGGGUCGAGAAUUACGCAUUGAAGCGGACCAAGUUCAUAAUGGCCCACGAUUCCAGUCUCGCCUGCUUUGGGCUCACUCAGGACGGCCGGUAUUUGGCUACGGCGAGCAGCAAAGGGACUCUAGUUAGAGUUUUCAGUACUUCAGAUGGUACAUUACUCCAAGAGGUGAGGAGAGGAGCAGACAGAGCAGAGAUUUACAGUCUUGCUUUCUCUUGUACUGGCCAAUGGCUAGCUGUGGCUAGUGACAAGGGAACUGUGCAUGUUUUCAGUGUAAAGGUUGGUUCAGGAUCCAUGGAAAAGGAUAGAUCACGCGGUACAUCAGAAGGCGGUGUUCCUAAUCCAUCAGGCAUUUCAUCUCUGUCUUUCAUCAAAGGUGUGCUGCCAAGGUAUUUCAGCUCAGAAUGGUCGGUGGCCAAAUUUCACUUGCAGGAAGGUCUGCAGCAUAUUGUUGCCUUUGGCAAGCGGAAGAACACCAUCAUGAUUGUUGGCAUGGAUGGAAGCUUCUAUCGAUGCCAAUUUGACCCUGUGAAUGGAGGAGAAAUGACGCAGCUUGAAUAUCAUAACUUCUUGAAGCCAGAAGAAACUUUCUAAAUUCUGUAAAGACGAGGAUUUUUAUAGUAUCCCUGUUAAUAUUAAGGUCCUAUAUUUUCUUUAAUUCUUUAUGUGACCAAAAAUACAUUGUAAAUGUCUGUGGAGUUAAAAUUACUGUACAUAAAUUACAGUUUAUGGUGCAUUCAUGAAUUAGUUACAUUCACUGAUCAA